UCACAUUUCGAUUAGAAACACAAGGCACACAGAACUACUAGGCACGAAUUAUACGCUUUUCUCUUGCGUUGCUUGGCAACAACUUGAUGCCACCACACCAUCAUGGCUGUCGAGGUUAGCUGAGAGGAUUACAAACGAGAGCAUGAAAACGUUUACACCCGCCUUCUUAGAAAUGGUUUGAUUUAGUUCAAAAGGUAAACUUGACUGUGCUAAACUAGAUAAGUCUAGCUGACGUUAAAUUAGACUUAUCUUGCACAGAAACGCAAGCUUGUUUGUUAGCUAACGGGUUAGCCAUCUGGCUAAUUCACUUCAUGGAUUUUAUAUUAUAUCUUGACUGAUUGAUAAAUACGGGAUACUUCCGGGUAUUUUUAUGUUACAUUUUUUAGUGGUAUGGUGACCAGAAUGUUAUUAUAAGGAUUAUAUAAAGAUCUGCUUAUUUCGACACUGGGCAGAGUUUGAGAAUCGUCACCAUGAUUUUGUCUCGAAUGAAACCAGCAUUAGGCGGCGAGGCGUCCGCCAGUUCGAGUGAGAAGAAAAGAAAAAAUAAAACAAAAAAGAUCCCAAAACUUGAGGAUUAUCUGAACCAAAGAGACUACGUGGGAGCACUGACUCUGCUAGAGUUUCAGCGUAAUGGUGGGGUGUCCAUUGAGAAUGCAGACUUAUGGAUCGGCUACUGUGCCUUUCAUGUGGGGGACCACAAGAGAUCAAUGGAGGAGUACAAGGCACUGACUCUUAAACCAGAUUGUCCAGUAGAUGUUUGGGUGUUUCUGGGAUGUUCCCUCUUUUUCCUUGGGCUGUAUAAAAAGGCUGAAGAGGCAGCACUAAAGGGACCAAAGUCUCAGCUUCAGAAUCGCCUCCUUUUUCAUUUAGCUCAUAAGUUUAACGAUGAAAAGAAGCUGAUGGGUUUCCAUCAGAACCUGGAGGACGUGACGGAGGAUCAGCUGAGUCUGGCCUCCAUUCACUACAUGCGCUCGCACUAUCAGGAGGCCAUUGACAUCUACAAGCGCAUCUUACUGCAGAACCGAGAAUGUCUCGCCCUGAAUGUGUAUGUGGCGCUGUGCUACUAUAAACUGGAUUAUUAUGACGUAUCUCAGGAAGUUUUGGCUGUAUAUCUGCAGAGCAUUCCCGACUCCACCAUCGCCCUCAACCUCAAAGCCUGCAAUCAUUUCAGGCUCUAUAACGGCAAAGCUGCAGAGACGGAGUUAAAGAACCUGAUGGACAUCUCCUCCAGCUCGUUUCAGUUUGCGAAAGAGCUUAUCCAGCACAAUUUGGUGGUGUUUCGUGGCGGUGAGGGAGCCCUGCAGGUUCUGCCUCCUCUUAUCGAUGUCAUAUCAGAGGCCAGACUUAACCUGGUCAUCUACUAUCUGAGACAAGAUGACAUUCAGGAGGCCUACAAACUAAUCAAAGACCUCGAGCCCACCACACCGCAGGAAUACAUUCUGAAGGGGGUGGUAAAUGCAGCUUUGGGACAAGAAAUCGGAUCGAGGGACCAUUUGAAAAUUGCCCAGCAGUUUUUCCAGUUGGUUGGCGGCUCGGCCAGUGAAUGCGACACAAUACCAGGCAGGCAGUGUAUGGCUUCUUGUUUCUUCCUGCUCAAACAGUUUGAAGAUGUGCUUAUCUAUCUCAACUCAGUCAAGAGUUAUUUCUACAACGAAGACACAUUCAACUUCAACUACGCCCAGGCAAAAGCUUCGCUGGGAAACUACAGAGAAGCUGAAGAGGUGUUCCUGCUAAUCCAGAGUGAGAAGAUCAAAAAUGAUUAUGUUUACCUGAGCUGGUUGGCACGUUGCUAUAUUAUGAAUCAAAAGGCGCGUCAGGCAUGGGAACUCUAUCUGAGGAUGGAAACCUCAUCAGACUCGUUCAGCCUCCUUCAGCUCAUCGCAAAUGACUGCUAUAAGAUGGGGCAGUUUUAUUAUGCAGCUAAAGCAUUUGAUGCUUUGGAGAGGCUGGAUCAAAACCCUGAGUACUGGGAGGGAAAGCGAGGAGCAUGUGUCGGGAUCUUCCAGCUUAUACUGGCAGGUCGUGAGUCCAGAGAAACGCUGAAGGAGGUUCUGCCAAUGUUAAGGAGCAGUGGGAACCCACAGGUUGAAUAUAUCAUCCGGAUUAUGAAGAAAUGGGCCAAAGACAACAGAGUGGCUCUCUGAUAGCCUUCACAGAUCAAACAACACACACUGAGACCUCUGCUUGAUAACAAUGGAAGAAUAAAUUGCCCCUUUCUGGAGCAUUUCUACUUUUGUACAAAAAAAAAACUUUAUUAGUGUUGUAUUUUUGAUUGUUUGUCUAUUUGUAUAGGAUGCAACAGUGUAUGAGCGAAACAUUUUCAACUUGAUUCGAGUUGAAUAUUAAAUUCUGAAGUCUUUAAACUCUAUUACAUUGAUUGAACAAUGAAUUCUGUGAAAUGUAAUCAGUAUGUAUUUUUGUAAUAUUUACACUUCACAAAUCAGGAUCUAUAUUUACAUUACGUUAAUGUCAGUUAAUGUGGGGUGUUCAGAUUUUUUGUGUGAAAUGGACAAUGCAGCAAAUAAAGUCUUUUCAUACUUUGUGCAAACUUUAAAUUUGU